AUGUCAGUCCAAGACUUACUUCCCAGUGAGGAGACACCUCUACUGUCCCCACCACCACAGCAAUCCAUCUUCUCUUCGCUUUCUCGACAGUCUCGGUCAAUCUUUUGCCAAGCACGAUCAACAUCCUCAAUAACGGCGAUCGUACUCGCGACUUUAUUAUGGUUUGAGUUUGGGGGAUACUUGAUGGCUGUACCCGUGUUAAGAGUCUAUGAAGAUAUAAUUUGUCACCAUUACUACGAUGGCUUACUGGGAGAGGGUCACAUUAUUCUGGGAGGGAAUAUCGAUGAGAGCAUGUGUAAGAAGGACGAUAUCCAGAAUGAGUUGAGUAUAAUAGUCGCCGGAACAUACUUUCUUGGUGCUGUUCCAGGUCUUUUUCUAACAGUACCGUAUGGUAUGCUGAUGGACAGAAUCGGAAGGAAGCCAAUCUUUAUUUUAGCGAUAACAGGCACUAUCCUCAGCUAUCUAUGGAACAUCGUCGUAAUGUGGUUCUGGCAUACACUACCCCUUCGCCUCACUUGGCUUGGUCCUAUCUUCACAGUAAUAGGGGGAGGACCAAGUGUAGGAGGCAUGGCAUUUUUUGCUAUCGCCAGUGAUAUCACUCCAGAAGCUAGGAGGACUAAUAUCUUCUUCCUCGCGGCUGCUACGGAUCUCGUCGCACAGUUGAUUGCUCCGUCUCUAGCUGCUUUAUUGAUGGCUAAGUCUCCAUGGAUCCCAAUUUUACUGGGGAUAUCUUUCACAACUCUCGGGAGUCUCAUAUUGUUGAUUCCGGAAACUCUACACAUGCAAGAUCGAAGAACUAAAGCAUCACAUGUGGUUCUUGCUACCUCAACUAACGACUUCCCUCAUAAUCGCAAACCACAAAACUCUCUCUUCGCCACGAUGAAACAAAAAAUAUCACAUACAUUUCGAACAUUCCUAUCGUCUCUCUCAAUUCUCAACUCUACACCUCUAGUUCUUCUCCUUAUCACUUUCAUCAUUAAGCCUUUUAGCAGUCAAUCUGAAGACAUAUCGCUUCGCUACAUAAGCAACCGCUUCCACUUCCCCCUUCGUUUGAGCUCCUUCCUCUGGUCCCUCCGCGCCGCUGUGCAAAUCAUUUUGUUCCUCCUCAUUCUCCCAUUUUUAUCAAAUAUCAUGAUCACCUAUUUCAAAAUUCCCUCCUCAAAGGUAGAACUUCACCUGGCUCGCGCCUCUAUUCUUAUUCUCACAUUUGGUUCACUCUUGAUCGCCCUGGCCCCGACCCUUCCAUUAGCUAUCCUAGGCAUCGCAGUCUUUACCUUGGGUGCAGGAUUUAUCUCCACGAUGCGCUCUCUGAUCACGACGCUAGUUGAUAGGCAACACAAGGGACAGCUGUAUGCGGCAGUGGCAGUGGUCGAGACUACUGGAAGACUAAUUGCGGCACCGGGCUUUGCGCAACUGUAUAUUGUAGGAUUGAGAUUGAAAGGAAUUUGGGUGGGGCUACCAUUCUUUGCAAUGAGUUUCAUAUGUGGUUUGGCAGUGGUGGCCGUCUGGGCCGCUAGCUGGGUGAUGAGCAGAAGAAAAUGGGUUUGGGAAAAUGAAGAGGAUGAGAUUUUGGAAAAUUCCGAUAAUAACGAGGAUGAAAUAGAGGAAUGA